UCUCCCAUUUCAAAUUUCUUUCCCUUCUUUCUUCUCUAACGGCUAACCCAACACUCUCUCUCUCUCUCCUUUCUCUCUCCUUUCCCCUUCUCUCUCGCUCUCUUGUCUUCUUCGUCUUCCUCAAAAUCUUCACUCAUCCUAUCUCUCUAUUUCCAUUUCUCUAUAAUGAAGCACUUUAUGCAGCCAAGAAACCCUAUCUUGCGAGAUACCCAUCUCGCCGAUCAACCGCCAUCUUCUUCUCCUAGCCCUAACGGUGCCGGAAUCAAGGGCGGCAGACCACCUCGGAAACCCAAGUCGUCUUCAAAAGAAAAUGCCCCACCGUCAGAUCUCAACUCCAUGGUUCCCGAUUCCAAACCCUCGCCGGCUAAGUUGAAGAGCCCGCUUCCUCCUAGGCCUCCCUCUUCUAACCCACUUAAGCGGAAGCUCAGUAUGGAGGCCGUUCCUGAGAAUUCCAUCCCUGGGUUGUCUGAUUCUGGUGUGAAGGUGGUAGUGCGCAUGAGGCCGCCGUGCAAAGACAGAGAUGAAGGGGAUAAUAUAGUACAGAAUGUUACCGGCGAUUCUUUGUCAAUUAAUGGGCAGACGUUUACUUUUGAUGCUGUUGCUGACACAGAGGCAACACAGCUUGAUAUCUUCCAGCUUGUAGGAGAGCCUCUUGUUGAAAAUUGUAUGGCAGGUUUCAACAGUUCUGUAUUUGCAUAUGGGCAAACGGGAAGCGGGAAGACAUAUACCAUGUGGGGUCCAGCCAAUGCUUUGUCUGAUGACAACUUAUUAAGUGAACAAAAAGGCUUAACUCCCCGUGUUUUUGAACGACUCUUUGCUCGUAUAAAAGAGGAAGAAGUGAAACAUACUGACAAGUUACUCAAGUAUCAGUGUUACUGUUCUCUUCUUGAGAUUUACAAUGAACAAAUCACUGAUUUAUUGGAUCCAAAUCAGAGAAACCUCCAGAUUAGAGAAGAUGUAAAAUCUGGUGUUUAUGUUGAAAAUUUAACAGAGGAGUGUGUAUCCACAAUGGCAGACGUUACUCGGCUUCUAAUGAAGGGUUUAUCAAAUAGGAGGACUGGUGCAACUAGUGUUAAUUCGGAGAGUUCGCGGUCACAUACAGUUUUUACCUGUGUUGUUGAAUCCCGAUCCAAGAGACUGGCAGAUGGUUUAAGUAGCUUUAAAACAAGUAGAAUAAAUCUUGUUGAUUUAGCUGGUUCCGAGAGGCAGAAGCUAACAGGUGCAGCUGGGGAGCGCUUGAAGGAAGCUGGCAAUAUCAACAGAUCACUUUCACAACUCGGGAAUCUUAUUAAUAUUCUUGCCGAGAUUUCUCAAACUGGAAAACAAAGGCACAUCCCGUACAGAGACUCCAGGCUCACUUUUUUAUUGCAAGAAUCUCUCGGGGGAAAUGCAAAAUUAGCGAUGGUUUGUGCCAUUUCUCCAUCACAAAGCUGCAAGAGUGAAAGUUUUAGCACCUUGAGGUUUGCCCAACGUGCCAAAGCAAUAAAGAACAAAGCUGUUGUUAAUGAAGUUAUGCAAGAUGACGUGAAUCACUUGCGUGAAGUGAUACGGCAGCUCAGGGAUGAACUACACCGACUUAAGUCAAAUGGAAAUACUUUAAAUGACACAAAUGGAGGUCACUCUGCAGCAUGGAUCCGCAGGAGUUUAAGUCUACUUAAGUCCAGCAUAAGUCGUCCCAUGGCAUUACCUCAUGUGGAUGAUGAUGGUGAUGAAGAAAUGGAAAUUGAUGAGGAAGCUGUUGAAAAGCUCUGUGAUCAACUGGACAAACAAAAUACAGGUUCAGAGGAUAGCGAAGGAAAGCAAGCUGAAAUUGUUCAAUCUGGUUCCUCAAUUGCCUUGGAAGGAAUGCAGUUAACUAAGUUUCAGCCUUGUGCUUCUGGAAGUGAAUCUAAAAAUGAAAAUUUUGAUGAUAUAGAUGUAAAUAUGGAAGACGAAACAUCUGCACAAGAUGAGGUUAUGAUUGUUGGUUCAACAGAAGAGCCUGUUUACGAUACCCCGGUAUGUUCUGUUGCUGAUGUGCCAAACCAUUGUAGCCUGGAAACAGAAAAUCAAAUAACAACAGACUUGUGUGACCAAAUUCUCAUAGGUGAACCCUCAGACAAUAGUACUAUGAACUCUUCAAUGGAGAGAGUGAAAAGUGGAGAACUAAAAAUUUCAGGAGAUGUCCCCUUAUGUACAUCCUCUGAACCCCUCAGUGGAUUUCAGGCUACCAAGUGUGAAUUAGAUACACUCAAUAAUUCCUCAAACGGGAUUCUUAGUUGUGUUUCUCCUCCAGGCCUCAGCAUAGUUCCUUGUGAUGUGUCCCCAGUUCUCAAAUCCCCUACUCCAAGCGUUUCUCCUAGAAUCAGUGAAAGCAGGAAAAGCUUGAGGACUUCAACGAUGUUGUCUGCUUCACAGAAAGAUCUUCAGGCUGAGACUAAGCUGGGGGGAGCUAAUGUAUUAACUCUGUUGCCUACUCAGAGUAAGAAUGCUGGGGUAACUACAGAACAGUUGGCUGCAAGCAUCCGCAAUGGGCUUGAAAUUAUUGAUAGUUGCCGUCAGAGUUCAGCAUUGAGAAGGUCCUCAUUCAGAUUUUCAUAUAAACCUGCAGAAAAGGUUAAUGUGCCAAUUAACAAAAUUGAUGUUGGCGUGCAAACAUCUUGUGAUGAUGAGGCUGCUGUUGAAAACCUUGUUAUGUGCACUAGUUGCAAAAUUAGAAAGCAGCUGGAGGUUAGAGAGGAGGAUGGCAGUUCAGAUCUUCAAUUAGUACCUGUGGAUGGUACAGACUCUGCUGAGAAAUCCAGGAUACAAGUUCCUAAAGCAGUUGAGAAAGUUCUUGCUGGGGCUAUCAGAAGAGAAAUGGCACUUGAAGAGUACUGCAACAAGCAAGCAUUUGAUAUAAGUCAACUCAACCGUUUGGUACAACAGUACAAGCAUGAAAGAGAAUGCAAUGCUGUGCUUGGGCAAGCCAGAGAGGACAAAAUUCUUCGCCUUGAGAGCCUCAUGGAUGGUGUUUUGCCGACUGAGGAGUUCAUGGAGGAGGAACUGUUGUCCCUCACACAUGAGCAUAAGAUUUUGAAGGAAAAAUAUGAAAAUCACCCUGAAGUCCUACAGAAUCGAAUUGAGUUGAAAAAAGUUCAAGAUGAAUUGCAAAGUUACAGGAAUUUCUAUGACUUGGGUGAGAGAGAAGUGCUAAUGGAAGAGAUUCAGGAUUUAAGAAGUCAGCUGAAAUACUACAUCGAUUCACCCUCUGCAUCCUUGCGAAAGCAAAAUUCUGUUUUACAAUUGACUUAUUCUGAGCCUACCGUUGCUCCACCUCUUGGUGCAAUUCCUGAAUCAACAGAAGAGAGUGCUGAGGAGAAACUUGAGCAGGAGAGAGCUCGUUGGACUGAGGAGGAGAGCAAAUGGAUCUCUCUUGCUGAAGAACUCAGAAGUGAACUUGAAGCAAGCAGGUUGUUAGCGGAUAAAAGAAAACGAGAGUUUGAAGCUGAGAAGAAAUGUGCUGAAGAGCUGGAGGAAGCUAUGCAAAUGGCUAUGGCUGGGCAUGCACGGUUGCUGGAACAAUAUGCAGACUUGGAAGAAAAGCACAUGCAAUUGCUUUUACGACAUAGAAAAAUACAGGAUGGAAUUGGGGAUGUAAAAAGGGCAGCUUCUAGAGCAGGAGUGAAGGGAGCAGAGUCCAAGUUUAUAAAUGCCCUUGCUGCUGAAAUUUCAGCACUUAAAGUUGAAAGAGAGCGAGAAAGGCGCUAUCUAAGAGAUGAGAACAAGGGACUUCAAGCUCAAUUAAGAGAUACUGCUGAAGCUGUGCAGGCUGCAGGUGAAUUGCUUGUGCGGCUCAAAGAAGCAGAGGAAGGAGUUGCUGCUGCUAAGAUGCGAGCAAUUGAAGCUGAGCAAGAAGCCGAGAAGGCCUACAAACAGAUUGAUAAAUUGAAGCAAAAACAUGAGAAGGAAAUCAGCGCACUCAAUGCUCUCAUGGCAGAUUCUCGUUUACCAAAGGAAGCAAUACAACCUGCUUAUGAUGAUGAAAUUAGCAAAGCCAAAUACGACAUGGAUGAAUCCCAUGAUCAGCGUUGGAGAGAGGAAUUUGAGCCAUUCUACAACGGCGAAGAUGGUGAGCUACCUAAACUCUCAGAACCAUCCUGGUUCUCUGGAUAUGAUAGAUGCAACAUAUAAUAGGAUGAAAACAUUAUGUACUGCAACCAUAUACAUGUCACCCGUAAAUUCUCCAUUAUAUAUAGUUGUUGAAUGUAACACUCUUUCUUGGUGUUAGCACUAGCUAUUACUACUGAUUAUGAGGAGAACUGCAUAGUUCCCUUGAUUGUUUGUAUUCAAAUUCACAUUGUGGAAGCUCAUAAGAGUGAGAAAUGAAUUGUAGAAUUCUUUCAUCCUUUCUCUCCCUUCCAAAUUCUUGUCUAUUAGUUUUGGGAAAUGUAUGUGUGACAUAUUAUGAAUAAUGUGAAACCUUCCACCGAACUUUAGAAGCAGAAAACUCCUUGUGUUAA